GUGUGUGUGUGUGUGUGUGGAUGAGGGGGUGGAGGGGGUUGAGUGGAGUUUUGGCAGGAGUGAGAAAGUCAGAAUCCCUCACCACACUAGCUUUCCACUUGGGUGUAUACUGAGGUUUGGGUUACAAGCUUGGCCCGCGGGACAAGGACAUGAGCAUGUAUUGUGUCACCCUCAAUGGACCGGCUCCCUGGGGAUUCAGACUCCAGGGGGGCAAGGACUUCAACAUGCCCCUAACUGUGUCAAGGCUGACCCCUGGAGGCAAGGCCGCCCAGGCCGGAGUGGGUGUAGGCGACCUUGUGGUGUCCAUUGCUGACUCCAACGCUGAGGAGAUGACCCACGUGGAGGCACAGAACAUGAUCAGAGCAGCCACGGACUCUCUCACCCUCACCCUCCACAGAGCUAAUGCUCCUGGGCAAGAACACAAGGACUCGCUUGCUCCUGCCUCCAGCCUGCCCAAGUACUCCUUUGCCCCCAGCACCACCAUAAACAAGAUGGCACGGCCAUUCACGCCAGGGGGCGGCACUGCCGGCUCGGGCCCCGUCAUCAAGCCUGUGUCGUAUAAGCUUAACUCGGGCACUAGCAUGUCACAACCACACAAUGGUCACGGGCCCGAGUCAUCUCCUUCGAAAGCCAAACCAGCAGAGAGACCGGAGGCAGUUCCAGCGGCGACUCCUGCUCCCAAGGCGGCGGCCGGGCCGCGCGCGCGCCCCCCGUGGGUGACGGACCCCGAGUUCGCCGACCGCUACGCGCCGGACAAGACGAGCACGGUGCUGACGCAGCACACGCAGCCGGCCGAGCCCACGCCCAUGCAGAACCGCAGCUCCAUCCUGCAGGCCGCCCAGCAGGGGCCCGCCGCCGGAACCGGAACCGGAACCGGAACCGGGGGAUCCGGCGGAGGCACCGGCCGCACCCCGCUCUGCGGCGGCUGCAACAAGGUCAUCAGAGGUCGCUAUGUGGUAGCGCUGGGCCGUUCUUGGCACCCCGAGGAGUUCACCUGCUGUCAGUGUAAAGUGCUUCUGGACGAGGGAGGCUUCUUCGAGGAGCGAGGCUCGGUCUAUUGCACCAAGUGCUACGACAACCGCUGCGCUCCCAACUGUGCCAGAUGUAAAAAGAAGAUCACAGGGGAGAUCAUGCACGCCCUGAAGAUGACCUACCACGUCCAGUGCUUCCUGUGCGCCGCCUGCAAGGCCCCCAUCAGGAACCAGGCCUUCUACAUGGAGGAGGGGGAGCCCUACUGCGAAAGAGAUUAUGAGAAGAUGUUUGGCACUAAAUGCCACGGCUGCGACUUCAAGAUUGAUGCGGGGGAUCGCUUCCUGGAGGCACUGGGCUACAGCUGGCACGACACGUGCUUCGUGUGCGCCCUCUGUCAGAUUAAUUUGGAGGGGAAGACGUUCUAUUCCAAGAAGGAUAAGCCACUGUGUAAAAGCCAUGCCUUCUCGCCUGUGUGAGCCGACAGCAUCUCAGAAGGGUUUGGCGGGCGUGGCGGUGGCGGUGGCGGUGGUGGGUGCUGUUUGGGGCUCGAUGGGGACGCACAGCGAUGGCCGACGGCCCCCUUCCCGCGCACUGACCGGUUCACCCCACCCCCACCCCAACAGAGUCUCUUCUGCUCAAGUGAACCGACAGUAUUUAUGAAACCCUUCUUUCCUAUAGAGCAGCCUUCACGCCAUUGUACACUCGCAUUUUCUUGUUUUUCCCAUUUUUUUGCACCAGAACUUGGUCAUUCUGUGACACUCCAGUUAUGCAUCCCUUUCAGCAAAAAAACAAAAACAAAAACAAAAACAAACAAAAAAAACUGCUCUAUUUAUAUGUCCUUUCCCCCCCACAACAACAUAUGGGUUGCUGUUUACACGCUGAACCAGACUCGUGCUCAUCCUCUCUCUCUGUCUGUCUCUCUCUGUCUCUCUCGGCGCUCCUAGUCUUGUUGAGAUUCCCAGAUGAAAGUUGGGGCGGAGAGGAGCGCUCGGCUCCGCUCUGCUCUCCAGCCACCCCACGCUACACAAGUGGAGCGUGAAAAACAAACCUCGCUAAUGGGCCUCCGCCUCCAGGCUCCUCAUCGCACCUGAACUUCCUCCACCUCUUUACCCUCUCAUCAGCACCGCUCGGGAGACGCGCACACACACACACACACACACACACACACACACACACACACACAUAGACACAUAGACACACACACAGACACACAGAAGGGCUAGUGUGAGGGUAUGUGGUGUGAGUGUCUUCACUGGAUUGUCCCAUGUUAAUCCUCCCUGGGGAGGAGGCCUAGAAAUGCACUUGUGGUGGGCGUUUGGAGAGCCACUGAGUGUGUGGCAGUAAGUGGGGCGACUGCUUUAGUGUUUGAUGUGCUCUGCAUUAUAUUAUUAGACUUGUGCGAGCCCUUCCCUGGCCCUCAGACUUUAGCCGUCUCUACACCCCCCCCCCAUCCCCUCCCCUCCCCAUCCCCUCCCAAUCCCGAUCCUGCUUAGCCCACGCUUCACAUGCCCAUGUCUUGAGUACUCAGGGUAAUGGGGGAGCCACAGAGGAAUAAAAUGCAUCUGGUAAACAGUGCAUUAGCGCUGAUUACGUGCAUCUUGAGUUGACCUCGGCGACGGCAUGCGCCAUGCCUCCCAUGUUAAAUAUCCAGGAGUGAUUCCAUUCAUAUUCAAUGAGGAAGUAAUUAGAACCAGGUAAUUAGAACCAGCAGUAAAAAAAAUAAUAAUAAAAAAAAAUGGUACAAAUGUAUAAAUAAAAAGGAAGGCUAUUCCAUUAGAGACCGGAGCUGAGGGAGAAAUGGUCGGUCACUGUGUGUGGAGAGGGGUGUGGUGCAGUGGAGCAGCCCAGUGGGUUUCAUUACGCUGUGUAAACGUCCAGCUCAGCUAACCAGAGAACGUCCCCCCCCCCCCCCAACACAGUCAACACAUCAGGGUUCAUCAGCAUGGCGAGAUUGGUGUCGGUUGGAGAGCGGACAGACAGAGAAAGAAAGGGAAUUUUGUAGUUAUGGUUAUACGGUAGUUAUUUAACAGAACGCCUUUGUCCAAAGCGGACAAAUGUUGUUUAGUUGUAAUAUGGUGCAUUUGUGUGCUUGUUAAAAGGUGAACGAAGUGACGGAAGAAGUGGGAAUUUGGAUGUUAUUAGUAGGACAGUACGGAGGAAGUAAGACAUAUUUUAUAUGUGUGUGUGUGUGUGUGUGUGAAUAAUGGGUCUCAUAAGAGGUAGAUGAUAGGAACACAAGAGUAGUAGCUACGGUGGCUCAGCGGUGGCUAUCGUGGUGGGGAAAAAAAAAAAAAGAGCAGACAAUGGUCAGCUCGUCGCAGCUGCAGCUCCCCCGCUCAGGAAAGGUCAGCUUGUUUGCACGUGCCAAGGUCGGCUUGUUUGCACUGCCCACACCAUCCAUCAUCCUUAGGCUGCCCACUUGGUGAUCAUUCGCCGGAGAGGCGGACGCGGACCAAUCAGGGGUCUGGAGCUGUACCCUUCAGUAGUGGUUCUGGCUGACGCUCUCUUUAUCUCUUUUAAGAGGUGGAUUGAGUGCCGAGACUCUCGAUAGCGCUUCUGAGAAGCUGAAGGCCGUUCGCCUUAGCGCCCGCUGUACUCUCACUCCCUUUCAUCCUUCUCAAUGUUUCUUUUUCUCUUUUUUUUUUGUUUUGGUUUUGCAGUUUUUUUUUUAUAUGAACUUCUUAACUGUACCAAGUGCCUUUUGAAAAAAGCUUUAUAAACUAUUGUUAUGCAUUCAUUAAAAUACUGCUGUAUUCAUAUGUACAUGCUUGAAUUUUUUCAUGUUUGCAUAAGAAUGACUCAUACAUAGAGGGUACCCUCUAUAAAUUAUUAUCUAUGUUAGAGCUUUGUAAUCAAUAAAUAUUGUACAAUAUUU